UCUUCGUGCCCUUGCUCUUCCCCUUCCUUGUCGCCGUCGUUCUCCACCUCCACCUCCUUCACCACCUCCUCCUCCUCUUCCACCACGUCCUCCUCCUUCACCACGUCCUCUUUCUCCACCACGUCCUCCUCCUUCACCACGUCCUCUUUCUCCACCACGUCCUCCUCCUUCACCACGUCCUCUUUCUCCACCACGUCCUCCUCCUUCACCACGUCCUCUUUCUCCACCACGUCCUCCUCUUUCACCACGUCCUCUUUCUCCACCACGUCCUCCUCUUUCACCACGUCCUCUUUCUCCACCACGUCCUCCUCUUUCACCAUGUCUUCUUUCUCCACCACGUCCUCCUCUUUCACCAUGUCCUCUUUCUCCACCACGUCCUCCUCCUUCACCACGUCCUCCUCCUUCACCACGUCCUCUUUCUCCACCACGUCCUCUUCCUUUGCAUCUCUUUGGAUCCAUUGUUUCAAACCUGAAUGAGCUGACUUUGGCCCUUUUAUCUAUCCAUCGCAGGUUCUGAUUGGUGUGUGCUAAAUUUUGACUCCUAGUGUUUCCACCUGGUUAAUUGUGUGCUAAUUGGGCUCAAGCUAUGCUGACUUAAGUUAACAUUAUUGCAUGCUAGUGCUUUCUACAUGACUACAUGGUGUAAGCACUGUAAAAUGUAGGGAUUUGUGUGUAGAGUUUUGCAGUACCAGUUCACCAAAUUUGAGUCAUGUGUCAAAGCAGGGAAUAGUGUUUAUAGUUCAGGGAAAUGGGUGAGCUUUUUGACCAAUAGCG